CAAGGAAGUCGCAUGUGCAGCAAGUGUGUAAGGUGCAAGGCGGGCUACGUUCGCCGUGUGAUUAAGUAACCGACACUAAAACGCCGCGCUUCAUCUCAACCCUCAAAAGUCUUCAUUCAUCAUAGAAUAACACCUCCAACAACAACGUAACCCGACCAACCAAGGCCACCAUAGCUUACACAUCAGUUUAUAUCCCCCGCCCACUACAUUUUUAACCUCUCAAGACGUAUUACUACAGAAUCCAUUCCAAUGUCCAGAAAUAAUUCGGAUCGAGAGUUCUUCGUAUUUGUUUAGGAUACUAUUAUGGCGACAACAACCCACCGUGGCCCCUCAGCAGCGCCUGCUCCCCUCGCUUCCGCACCGAACACUAAUGGUAAUUCUGCUCAUGCCCACGUCCAUGACGACUCGAUACCAAACGGCCACCAUCAUGUGCCGGUACAAGAGCCCCGACCUGCCCCGACCCCGACGCCCUCCAUGGCUUCUAACGCCGCAAUUAAGAAAGGCAAGGGCAAGAAAGCCCUCGACCAAAAUGAGGCUUCAAAACUCAUUUCAGCAAGGAUUUCCCAGCUCGAGGUCGAUACGGCUGCUGAAAAAGAGCAAGAGGCGGAAAUUGAUCGAGAAGUGCGAAAAGCAAAUCGCGAACUCAAUCAUCAAAUGAAUAAGAUGAACGACAUGGACAAGAUAGAGCUCUUGACCAAGCGGUCGUCGGAAUUAUUCGCAAACAUGAAACGCCUCGAGCGCGAAAAUCUAAAAAAUAAGAAACGCGCCGAUCAGUUACAGAAGGAAAAGGACUCUAGCCGCACCGACUUAAGCAAGCAAAUUAGCCUCAAAGAGAAGUUGGAGAAACUUUGCCGUGAGUUGCAGAAGGAGAACAAUAAACUGAAGAACGAGCACCGCACCUUGGGCGACACUCAUGACCGGCUUAAAACGUCGUCGGAUGAACGUUUCAGGAAAGUACUCGAAACGCUGGAAGGUUACCAAGAAGAAAAGGAUAAUCCGCGAAAGCAGGUUGUGUACAUGAAGGCGGAAGAAUUGUUCAAGGCGCGGUUUAAAUCCCUCAUCGACCAAUACGAGCUCCGAGAGCUGCAUUUCCACUCUGCAAUGCGCACCAAGGAGAUCGAGGUGCAAUGGAAUAUGGCUCGUUACGAACAGCAGAAGAAAACAGCCGAGGCCGAGGCCAACCGCGCACGUCAACUGAAUAGCCAGGUGCUUACAUUCUCUAAGACAGAAACCGAGCUGCGAAAUCAGUUAAACGUUUAUGUCGAGAAGUUCAAGCAGGUCGAGGAUACGCUGAACAAUAGCAACGACCUGUUCUUGACUUUUCGUAAGGAGAUGGAGGAUAUGUCUAAAAAGACCAAGAAACUCGAAAAGGAGAACGAGACCUAUAAGCGCAAGGAGGGGGCCCUUAACCAGAACAUCUUCAAGAUGGCCGAGGAACGCAAUAGAAAUAUUAAAGAUCUGGAGGACAUCAAGAAGAAAAACGACAAGCUCACAAGCAUCAUCAACCAGAUGCAGCAGCAGGGCCGCGGCAUACCCCAGGGUAUGCAGGGUACGGUAGAGAGUUGCUACGCCGAAGGCGCGGAGGGCGACGAGGAGGGAGAGCUCGAGGAUGGCGACGAGGAAAGCGAUUACGAAUACGACGACGAAGGAGAUGAGGAGGUAAGUGAGGAGGGUGAGUUCGACGACGACACGGAGGAAGAGAUUAUGCCGCAAGUGCCGGGCGCAUUUGGACCCGAACGACCGCCUGCAAUGAACGGUCAUCGCUAGGAGGAAGACGUAUCAGAGCAGCAGGAGACGAGGGCCAACCAACCUUUCCAAGAUGUAGUCCGUUGGUUUGGCGAUUUACGGCACUCAGUCCGUCUAGCUAUAACGCCGAGACAACCAUCGCCGCCGCCGCCGUGACGACGCUAGUCAUAUUGUCAACCGGCGUAGAUAUUGGGGAAGACCUUUCCCCCAUACGAUGCCAUGCAUUCUCUUUCACGAAUGCCCAGCCUUCGGAAUCUGUCCCUACGUUUCGAGGGUUGGGUCGUUUGCGCGGAAGAGCAGAGAAUUGUUGGUCAUGUUUUCUUGCAGAAUAGAUGGCCCUGUUGAUUGCGUUGGUCUACGGGACAAGCAACUUGGUUUUCGGUUGUCGCCGGAGCGAGUAUCGUUCCUUGCCAGUGGUACAUUAUAGCAAUAAAUGCGAAUUGAUACUUCUCUCGAUGUGUAAA